AUGUUCCAGAUAGAUGAUGAGGCUAAUUUCUAUUAUUCCCCGGAUGCCGGCGAUCUAACGAGCUGGACGCAGCGCAAGCACUCAGCUAACUACUGGUACGGCCAAAGUAGCUCUACCUCUACUUCCCAUUUUUCUUCAUCUACCACCAACACCACUGCUUCGACUACUACCAAGAACAGCAAAAGUACUAGCCCUACAAGAAAGGAAACCACUGACAAAGAGCAAUUAGCUUCUAAUUCUACUAUAGAUGUAACUUCAUCUGCUUGUUCUGGUCUGGCAAAGCAACAAUCUUCUUCCCAAAUUUUGCGGCCAACAUGGUGGCAGCCGCUAUGGCGGCGCUGUGAUGACAAAUUUUUUUGGAAUCGACAGCUGCUAUCUGAGGCGAUUGAGAGUGCCGAAUGCCAAUUGCAGCGGCUUGGCCUACCUCCAGUUGGCCUGCGCAAGCUGCAGCUACGUCAACGUCGAGUCCCUGACUCUAGCGAUAGCUUAGGAGCUGACGUUGACGUUGAUGAUUCGCUUGAUGAAAAAAAGUUGGCUACUGCCUUGCAAGAUUUGGAACGUAUCCUUACUCAGGUGGGAACCUAUUUAUUUCUUGGGCUUUUCUUAAUCCAAAGUGGUGAACAUUUAAAGAAUGUUUGA